AUGAUGAAUUGUUUCUUGUGCUUUUUGUUUAUCAUCGUAUUGUCUAUUGGGUUUGGAAACGCCAAACUUUUUGCGCAAAAUCACAUAUACUUAAAAAACUCUCUUGUUCCAGGAAACGAGCUCCAAAUUUUUUGUAAAUGGAAUGGUGAACAGAUUGGCACAUUUUUCUUAAAACCAGGAGAAACUGAUGAUUUUGCCUUUCAUGAUAAGUUUAUUCCUAAGAACAAAAUUGAUUGUACAUUUCGCCAGAUCCGUGGACCUUCUGUAAUGAUUAGGGCAUUUGAAGGUAGUAGUGGUGCAUUUGAUCAUGGUAAGAAGAACUACUGGGAUGCAAGAGAAGAUGGGAUUUAUUUCACGCAUGGUCAAGAAGUGCCUAAGUUAGAGUAUAAAUGGACUUAA